UACCGUGGCAAAAUUUUCCCGGGAACCAAACAGUUCAUUUCAUUCUUCUCCUUCACCACCACUACCCCAACCAGUACAGACGGCGAUGGAUCCACCUAACGAAUUCCCUGAUGAUUUUUCUUCGUUCCCUCCAAUCCCGUUCGCCCUCUUUGUUCCCCCAGAAAACCCUAACCCCAAUUCAAACGCAGCGCCAAUUCCAAAUACAGUCGAAAACCCUAGCUCAGCUCACCUUCUUUCCUUCUCGGUCCCCAAGAAACGAAGACGAGGCAGGCCUCAUAGGGUUCCGACGUCGUUUCAGUUACCUCCAAUUCCCAACGGCGUUUUCAACAGUAAUAACAACGGUCUUGCUUCUUUUUCCAGUUCAAUUUCAGCUCAUUCCUCUAGAAAUAAUGUAGAAAUCCCUGGUUCUUCGGCAAGAACCAUGCCUGAUAUGUCCGACGAGAUCAUCGUGAUCAAUAAGGAGUCCACGGCGGAGGCGCUGAUCGCGCUGUCGGCGGGUUUUCCUGCUGAUUCGCUCACCGAGGAGGAAAUCGAUUUCGGGGUAAUUCGAGUUAUUGGGGGCAUAGAGCAAGUCAAUUACAUUCUCAUUAGGAACCACAUAAUUGCUAAAUGGCGUGAAAAUGUGUCGAAUUGGGUCACAAAAGAUAUAUUUAUUGAUUCUAUACCUAAACAUUGUCAUUCCCUGUUGAAUUCUACUUAUAAAUAUCUGGUUUCGCAUGGUUAUAUUAACUUUGGGGUUGCUCCGGCUAUCAAAGAGAAGAUUCCGGCUGAACCCAGUAAACCACAUGUGAUUGUGAUUGGUGCUGGGCUUGCUGGUCUGGCUGCUGCCAGGCAAAUGAUGCGUUUUGGGUUUAAAGUGACUGUUUUGGAGGGUAGGAAGCGAGCGGGCGGGCGGGUUUAUACAAAGAAAAUGGAGGGAGGAAUUAGGGUAUGUGCAGCGGCGGAUUUAGGAGGGAGUGUUUUGACUGGUACAUUAGGGAACCCACUUGGCAUUGUUGCACGCCAAUUGGGUUAUGUGCUUCAUAAAGUGAGGGAUAAGUGCCCACUUUAUAGUUUUGAUGGGAAGCCUGUAGAUCCUGAUAUGGAUAUGAAGGUGGAAACUGCUUUUAACCAGCUUCUAGAUAAGGCAAGUAGGCUUAGGCAGUUAAUGGGAGGUGUUUCAGUUGAUGUGUCUCUUGGUGCAGCAUUGGAAACGUUCUGGCAGGUUUACGGGGAUGCUGUGAAUGCUGAGGAGAUGAACUUGUUUAAUUGGCAUCUUGCAAAUUUGGAAUAUGCAAAUGCAGGUUUAAUAUCAAAUCUUUCACUUGCAUUUUGGGACCAAGAUGAUCCGUAUGAUAUGGGAGGGGACCAUUGCUUCUUGCCUGGAGGUAAUGGAAGGCUGGUGCAGGCUUUGGCAGAGAAUGUACCGAUCUUAUAUGAGAAAAUUGUGCACACCAUUAGGUAUGGUAGUGAUGGAGUGCAGGUUAUUACUGGCAGCCAGGUUUUUGAGGGUGAUAUGGCAUUGUGCACUGUUCCACUUGGGGUUUUGAAGAGUGGGUCCAUCAAGUUUAUUCCAGAGUUGCCUCAGAGAAAGCUUGAUGGAAUAAAGAGGUUGGGGUUCGGACUGUUGAAUAAGGUUGCAAUGCUUUUUCCUCAUGUGUUCUGGGGCACAGAUCUUGAUACCUUUGGCCACCUUUCUGAUGAUUCAACCCGUCGAGGGGAGUUCUUCCUGUUUUACAGCUAUGCAACAGUUGCUGGCGGUCCCCUUUUGAUUGCUUUAGUAGCAGGUGAAGCUGCACAUAAGUUUGAGAGCAUGCCCCCUACGGAUGCUGUGACCCGGGUUAUUCAGAUUCUCAAGGGUAUAUAUGAACCACAAGGAAUUAGCGUCCCAGAGCCCAUCCAAACAGUCUGUACCAGAUGGGGAAGCGACCCCUUCAGCCUAGGUUCUUACUCUAAUGUGGCAGUAGGGGCGUCAGGAGAUGAUUAUGAUAUUUUAGCAGAAAGUGUAGGAGAUGGACGGCUUUUCUUUGCAGGUGAGGCUACCAAUCGGAGAUAUCCUGCAACCAUGCAUGGCGCUUUUCUUAGUGGGCUCAGAGAAGCUGCAAAUAUGGCUCACUAUGCUAACGCUCGUGCCCUGAGGAUAAAAAUUAACAGGAACCCAUCAAAGAACGCCCAUUCUUGUGCUUCCCUUCUUGCGGAUUUAUUUAGGGAGCCUGAUUUAGAAUUUGGGAGUUUUUCUGUUAUCUUUUGUCGAAGGAAUGCUGAUCCUAAGUCGACGGCAAUUUUAAGAGUGACAUUUAAUGAGCCUCGAAAGAAGAGUCAUGACAGUGCAAAACCUGAUCAACAGCAUUCAAAUAAGUUACUUUUUCAGCAGCUUCAGUCACAUUUUAAUCAGCAGCAGCAACUUCAUGUUUACACUUUGUUAUCUAGGCAGCAGGUUCUUGACCUCAGAGAGGUGCGAGGAGGUGAUGAGAUGAGGUUGAAUUACCUCUGUGAAAAGCUGGGAGUGAAGCUGGUGGGGAGAAAAGGAUUGGGGCCUACUGCUGAUUCAGUAAUUGCCUUAAUAAAAGCUGAAAGGGGCAUUCGUAAACCAGCUUCGACUUCAUUGGCUUUAAAGUCUGGGACAUCAAAGCUGAAAGCUGGCACUUUGAAACGAAAACUGGUCAGAAAGGCUAAAAUAAUGCGCCAUGGCAAUGGGUCUGCACCUUCUGCUAAUUCAAACUCGGUGAAUGAUAAAGUGUCAGACGAAACUAAGACCACAAGUCAAGCACCCUCUAAUACACUUGGUUCAGGGCAAAAUCAUUCCGAUGUGUUGAAGAAUGAGUAGAUGACCUCUUCUGAUGAGAGGGGAGUCGGCCUUUGUGGUGCAUGCUUUUCCCAAUUUAUGGGACUGUUCUAUUCACCUUUGAGUCUGCGUACAAGUGGCCACCAUGAAGACUUUACAAGUUUCUGCUACCAAAGACUUGUGAAAGCUAUUUUCGGCUCAGCAUGUUCUUUGGCUGAAUAACCACCAGCAUGCUCAAUUGUAGAAGAAAAUGGUGCCACUUGCUCUCGUCUUCUUGGGCCAAUGAUAAAUGCUGCAACCAAUUGAACAUUGAGCAAGAGCAACUCCAAGCCAUCUUUCAAGAAGCCUGAAUUAAACGGAGAUGACAAUCGUGGCAACAUGUUUGGCCUAGCAUUUAAACAUGAAACUCAUGAACCAUGCCACAAUUAUACCUACUGUCCAGGACAAUUGUUACCAAGCUGAUUGUGGUGAGCCCUUGGUCGAGGCUUCUAUGACGAGACCCCAGUGAUUGUUGAGUGGUGGAAUGAUAUCAGGGUUGUAAUCUUUCCACGUCCACAACUUGUUGAGUUAAUGCGUGUUAAGGAAGCAAUCUCUGCGGAUUUGCAGUGUUGAUUUUUAUUUUUAUUUUCUAACAAAAUUACAAAAUAAAGCAAACCAAUU